AUGAGUGAAUCAAGAAAAGAAAGACUUGUAGAUAUUCAGAAGAGAGAAUAGUUGAAGGGCCUCUUGUCUAAUAAAUUCAAAGUCAAAUAUGGUAAUAAGCCAAGUGUGGCAAAAUAUAUAGACAAUGAAGUGGCAAAGUUUCUAAAAAAUGAUAGACUCACUGAAGAGAAUCUUAAAAAAUUGGAUGACAAAAUUUUAAAAGAGACUCUAAUAAGGGAUAAAAAGGAGAAUAUCCAGGCUAGUAGACAGAGCUAAAAGUAAGAUCCAGAGAGACUAUCCCAUAAUUCAGGUGCUCUUUCUAGAAAAAGUGGUCUCUCUGGCAAUAAAGAUGCAGUUCAGUUGCCUCAUCUAAGAUAUCAGGAGUCUCAAAGGGCUCUGGAGCUGCUAGACCUUAGACUUAUUCUUAAUCUUGAAGAUGAGGAUGAUGAAUGGACAGCCAUCAUGAAAUUUAAUACUUUACUUCACUAUGAAGAGUAGAAAAAAGCACUACUUAGAGAACAGGAAAGAAAGAGAUUAAUUAGGUAGGAGCUAGAUAAGUAAAUGGGGGAAAAGAAUAUCAGGAAACACAAAGAAAAGGAGGAAGAUAAGAUUCGUGACAAAUAGAUGAAUGAAGAACAUAGAAGAAAAAAACUCGAGCAGAAAGAAUAGUUCCGCUAAGAAGUUGAGCUGGUAAACAGACUUCAUUAGGAAAUGGACUAGGAAAGAUAGAUGAUAUAUGAAAAGAGAAAAUAAGAAAGAGACUAUCUGCAAAAGAUGUUAAUUGAAAACGAAAAGAAUCAGAAAAAACUAAAAUAACUUAGAGAGUAAGAAAAACUUGAAGAUAUCUCUGCUUAGAAGGAAUACAGCCGAAUGCUUGAGAAAUAAGAGUAGGACAGACUUAUGGAGAUCUAGGCAAGGGAAAAAAGAGCAUAGGACUUCAUGAACAGAAUGGCUGAUACUGUAAUAAAACAAAUGGAUCAGAAAGCUAAUGAGGAAGAAAUGAAAAUAAGAAAAUAUGAAAUGGAAAAAGAACUCAGAGAGAGGUUAGAAGAUUAAAGAAGAUUUGAAAUGGCUAAAACAUAAUAGAUACAGACUCGAAAAUUCCUUUCAAAGCAAAUGGAGGAUAAACUUAACAGAGAAAGGAUGGAAAAGGCUCUGAAUGAUGAACAGGCUGUGAUGUGGAAGUAAGAUAAAGAUAACUAUGAGGAGGAGGAAAGACGUCUAAACUAGAAGAUCAAAACAAUAAAUAAUGAAAAUGCUAAAUUCCUUUAGGAUCAAAUGGAAUCAAAGAAGGCUAAGGAGAAAAAGAAAAUGAAUAAAUAAGAGUUCUUACUUAAUAAACCACUUCUCAGAGAGAUCAAUUAAAAGAAGAAGGCAGCCUCAUCAAUCAGUGACUAGGCUUCUUUAAGAGAUAUUCCCUAAUGA